UUUAAUCAAACUUUAAAAUGAAGACUGUUCAAGUCACAAUUGAAUUUUCUAUGGAACUGAGCAAAUUCUACGCUAUUCAGAUUUUUGAAAAAGGGUAUUACAUGAUUAAAACGUGUAUGAAAAUCCCUUCGACAAUUCCACAUACGAUUGAAUCAAAGCUUCUGGGAUCUGCAGGAAAAUUUGAUACAAAAGUCCUAAGCCCAGAUGCUGAAAUUGUCAGCGAAAUUUUUAAAAUAGAUCAACCAAAGCAGGAGGUUUCCCUUAAAAAUGUGAUGAUGUUCAAGUUUGAAAUGCUGCUAAAUGAAAACAAGAUUGAAGAGAUUCUAAAUGAAUUGGAGUUUCAAAUGUCCAUUCGCCUAUACUAUAAAGAGGACGAUUAUACAGAUAAGAAACCAGAUGAACGUAAAAUGAAACUAAAUUGCAGCAGAGAAUUAAAGUUACAUUUUAACCUCCAGAGAGGCAUACAUGAUCAAAGGAAUCUAUUAUUUCUGGCUUCCCAAAUAACCAUGGUAUCCAUUGUGGUUCAUGGUACCUUGGUAGCCUUACAACCGCCACAUACUAGCUUUCGAAAGAAGAAAACGUGGCUAACAAGAAUUUUUCCAUUUAUGAGAAAAAUGUCUAAAGUCCCAACCCUGCAAAGAGCCGUUUUUGGCCAAACAUACAAGCCGGAGUUAGCAGCAGAUGAUGGAAACUUUGUAGUGCAGGAAUGCUUCUUACAGCACGCCUACAACUUUCAUUCUAUGCUCUGCACCUACUUGCUACUGUCAUAUAAAGGACUGCAAAGUUAUUUUUCUGACCUUGUAAAGACUCUACCUGCCUUAGUCAACAUCAUGCCUGAACAACUUGAUGUUGAUGCUCGCUUCACAGAAUUACGUGAAAGAAUUAAGGAUAUUGAAGAUCUUUCUGAACUGGCAAACCACAUACAUGUGGACCUAAGAAAACUUUCUUCUGAUCUUUUGCAUCUGUGGGGAACUUUUACUGAAUGUAUAUUCAGUGAUGAUUUCACAGCCAUUGUUGCUGAAAAGCACAAAGAAUUACAGGAACAUAGAUGGUCUGAGGCUUUCUUUUGUCUUGAUCAUGAUCGAGAAGAAGCCUUAACAUAUAAGAAAGAGAGUUCUUCGAAGAAACAUCUACAGAUAUCCAGAGCUAUUAAAGAUUCUUCUUACUUUAGCUCUAUCUCCCCACUUCCAAUGGAUUGCCCUAAACUUUAUGGAGACAUUCAAAAUAUGCCUAUUAUUUUUGAAGAUAGGUAUUUAGAACACAUCAACGAAGAAGUUUGUUCAACAUCUGACCACGCUGCUGCUCCAGAUCUUUCUUCUAUAGUGGAGACAGCAAAUGCACAUGAUAAUAGCCAAACUGAUGUUGUCGAACUGGAAUCUGUAACAGAUUAUACAAAUCAGUUGCAGGAAGGCCCACAACCUUCGGAAAGCAGCAAAGAGGAAUCAGAAACAACAAGUACAGAUGAUGAGACCCAAGCUGAUAAUCCGAAAGUUGAGUCUCUAACAGAAGAUAUAAAUCAGUUGCAGGAAGACUUACAACUUUCAGAAAUCAGCAAAGAGGGAUCUGAAACAAAAAGCACAGAUGAUGAGAGCCAAACUGAUGAUCUGAAAGAAGAAUAUGAAACACGUGACCAAUUAUACAGAUCUGAUAAAGUCCCUGGACCCUGGAAUGAACAAUCUCCCUCUGCUCCAGCGCAGAUAAUUCCUAAUGCCACCCAAGAAGCAUUUGCAGCUGCAGCUGAAGGAGUACAUGUCAUUGUAUUUGUGCACGGUUUAGGAGGGUGUACCGAAGAUCUUUAUUUAAUCCGACAUUACAUUGAAUCUGGACUUCCUCGUGAAAGAAUAAAGAUUUGCAUGAGUAGUAGUAACGAGGGUAACACCCAUAAAAAUAUUGAUACCAGUGCUGAUUGUCUUCUGAAAGAAAUUACACAUUUUAUCCAAUAUAACAAACUCACAGUAUCCCGGAUCAGCUUUGUAUGCUAUUCUUUGGGAACAAUAAUCACCCGUGCAGUUCUUGCGAAACCAGGAUUCAGUUGUUACCUGAAAAAACUGCAUACUUUCCUGUCCUUAGCUGGACCUCAUUUGGGGCUUCUCUACAACAAACGUUCUAUUGUUAAUAAAGGAUUGUGGAUUCUACAGCAUGCCUCAAACUCCCUAUCGCAGCUGGGAUUUCGAGAUCACCCAGAUAUUAGACAAACUUUCCUGUACAACCUUAGCAAGAAACCAGGUCUGGAGUACUUCAAGCAUGUAAUUUUAGUGAGCUCCUCACAGGAUUACUUUGCUCCUUUUCACUCAGCUCGCAUAGAAAUGUGCAAAGCCGCUCUUAAAAAUACUUAUUCAGGGCAAGUUUAUGCUGAGAUGAUCCAAAACAUCCUUACUCCUCUUGUGCAGAAUAAGGAUUGCAAUUUAGUCCGAUACAAUGUUGUUUUUAAUCUACCUAAAACACCAUUUACUUUUAUCGGACAAACAGCCCAUAUACACUUUCUUCAUUUUCUGCCAUUUUUGGAAAGAUUUUUUAGGGGAGCUGCCCUAAAAUAUUUUGAAUAGAUGAAAGCAACUGACAAGCCUGGCAUCUUGUACUGUCAAUUGCAUAUUGCAAUGAAAGUGGUAUUGUUAUUGGGCAAAGUCCUCUGGUUUCUGACUGCGGAAUGACUGCCACAGUAGGAAGAUUUUAUACUAAGAUGGAAGAAACAACAGAGAAAAAAAGAAAAUUCUAAUGGGCGGGAGGGAGGC